AGGUGCAAACUACUUGAAUGCAAAAGGGGCAGAAGAGGCUUGGCUCUAUAGCCUACGUGGCAUCAUGGAGUAUGCUGUCACGCACCCAAAUGAUACCUCUCUGAACGAUGCCUGGCGUGCGAUUCACAUGGUGUUCUCGUGGGUGGAUCAGUUCAAUCAGCGUUAUGAUGCCCAAAAUCACAAGGGAAAUCCUCGCUUUGACGAGUUCAUGAAACAGGUGGCAAGCUCGGUGACUCAAUUGGUGAACAUGGUUCCUGGAGUCCAACAUGCCUUGUCGCAGCGCCUGGUUUGUGCUACACACUUCAUCAGUUGCCUCUUCAAACGCUGGGUUUUCGUGACGCGCACAAACACUGUGUGGUUUUCCAACUGGUCAGUUUGGCGUGACGUGGAGACCACCUUCCAUCAAGCUCUCCUGACGUGCCGCGAUCACUUUGCCAACCGUUUGCGAAUGAGCCAGGGAAGGAUGCAGAUCUACUUGGAGAAUCUGAAUGAUUGGAGCCUGCAAUUCCUGAUGCAGCAGCUUGAAUCCUUGGCUUCCAGAGAGGAAGCCUAUGCGCGAGAGCUGCCGUAUGUGUGCCUCUUAGAGAUGGCCAUUGUGAUCUCGGGGAGACUGCGAACAGAGUUGCCCCUGGAGGAGUUAGAUGUGACAAAUCCCAGGAGGAAGUGCUUCAAUUUGGAUUUUGUGUUGAACAGAUGUGCAGACCAAGCGCGGGAACGAGAGAGGUUCAACCAGGAGGUCGCGGCCCUCAUGGGCCUGGCCGCCAUGGGAAGUUUCGCGCCCAAGGACGCCUGCAGGCGCCUGGUGGUAUGUAUUGAUGUGGUGAAGGACAAAUUUCCAGGUGGCUACAGAUUUGCAGAAAGCUUGCGCCUAGCCUAUCGCUGUUGCGAAGGCGCCAAUGCUCCUGAGCUCUUCAAGCUCGUUGUGGAUCGCUUGAAGCAAAGCCAGGAGAUGAUCAAGUGCGUCACCGAGUUCCGCUUUGAUGGAACAAAAUCUAUGGCGGAGAAUGUCUUCCUUCCUUUGCUGGACGUGCCUGGUGGCUAUUUCUCUUCGGAAGACUUGCAGGAGCUCUUGGCCUAUGCUGUGACCUCGCAAGUCCAACGCAUGUGGAGCCUGCAGGACGUGGCGACAGGUCUUCGAGGUCUCUGGGCUCAGCUUGGGGCGGCGUCGAACUCCAGCUUUCUGCACGAGCUCCAGUCGCAUGAGGCCUUCGGCAAGGCCCGGGUCCAAUACCUGGGUGCAACACUAGGCGGACAGGCGCUGCUGGUGGCAUACAGCAAGUAUCCACUGCAGAUCGACCGAAUGCUGCGGGACUUGGCGAGAACCAGCUGGAUGAAUUUGGAGAUCCGCUGCAGCCUCUGUCUAUCCUUGGGCGCGCAGCUCGCUGGGUCUCGAAAAGUCAGUGACUGGUAUGCUUGUGAAGAGAUAUUGUUGGCAUAUUGCCACGCAUCGCGCUUUGCAGAACUUCUACUGCUACUUCUGCAGGGGCAGUGUGAUGUACGACAAAUGUACUCCUUUUUGUGCAAAUUGCCGUCAGAGUCUUUGAACAAGGAGGUGAAGCACGCUAUUGAGAAGGUGGUGGAAGAAGCCCCCGUGUGGAGCCUGCCCAUCCAUGAGAUUUGUGUAGAUGAUGCGGCCAACUGGCUUCAGGAGCAGCAGUUCUUCGACUGGUUGGGUGUGGAGGAGAUGUGCCGCCGCCCUCAACUGGUGUUGCAACGCUUGUCCUCGGCUCAGGGCGUCAUCCAUCCCUUCCUACAGGAGGCACCCGGCACGGAUCCUGCGGAUCCAGCGGCUGCCUGGCGCGAGGCGUGGAGCGAGCUGCAGGGCUGCCCUUGGCCCAAGCUGCGACCGCUGAUGGAUGUCUUUGGACAUCUCCAGGAAACUGAUCAAGUCCCUCCGAACCUUGAGUUCUUCAAACUCUUCCGGCAGGUCGCAAGCGAAGGCUUGUUGCCCUAUCGAGCAUACGUGGAAAUGUCCAAGGAGAAGUGGAGGUUGGGCAACUUGAUGGACAACUGCGACGUGGUUUGCUGUUCCACCAGCAGGCUCUCCGAGCACGUCCUGUCAGUCGUGGAGCGAGUGGAGCAACAGUUGCGCCCCGAGCUGCAACGGCAUCUGCAGCUGAUCGAAUGGCUGGUGCGGGAGUGGAAGUUCGAUGAGGUCACCGAGGAUCGCGAUGAGCUCCGAAACAAAAUGAAGAUCUUUGACGACCUCACACCAAGGCAACUGCAGAUGGAGGUGGAACAGGCUUGCGAUGUCUUCAAGCGCUUCAAUCAUCAGCUGGAGGAUGGCCAGGAGACCUUCAAUUGGCUGCUGCAUUUCCGGCGCAAAGGUUCUUGCCUGGUGAUUCCGCUUCUUCAACACUUCGCCCAGGUGGUCAAGCAGAAGCGCGGACGCUACCUACCAACCUCAGAUGGUGCAGAUCUGGAAGAUUUGGAACUCCAAGACUUCAGUGAGGUAGCCCAGCUGUGCUACAAGAGCCUGCAGACUCUGGCGGGUCACAACAUUGGAGAGGCCGUUCAGGCGGAUGCAGAGGUUUGGCGGCUGGCAGUGGCGGAGUUCAAGAAGCCCGAAAGCAAGAUGGAGGAAGAGAUCGCCCUCAUCCUGGACUACUUCAGCGCUGACCGCACCGGCUCCGGGUCGACGUCGACCUCGAGUCUAAUCCCCCGACGUCUGGAGCGCUGGCUGGGCCGCGUCACGGAAAUCUCGAGUCGUGGGGAGCAACGGCUGAUGGAGGCGUUUCGGGCGCAUAUGGUGGCGCAGAUUUUGUGGGACUUUGACACAGAGGAGCUGAUGGUUUUGUGGGGAGGAUGA